GCAAGGGAGCGUCUGGCUCGUUUAAGCUGCCCGCGACUGCCGGAAAGCCCGAGAAGAGCGGCGAAAAGGCUGGAAAGAAGCGCCCGGCGCCGGCUGCGAAGCCGACCAAGAAGAAGGCGGUCGCAGCCAAGGCCAAGAAGGCAGCGGGCGCCAAGGCGGCGGGCGGCAAGCGCAGCGUGACUGCAGCUGCUGCCGUCGCGAAGCGCAGCGCCCCCGCCUCGCCCAAGAAGCCCAAGAAGGCGCCUUCCAAGGUGAAGAAGGUGGCCAAGGCGCCCACCAAAAAACCAAAGGCGCCCAAACCGAAGAAGGUCGCCUCUCCGUCCAAGCCGAAGGCGGCUGCCAAGAAA